AUGACCUCGACUAGACACCCGCAGAAUAUGCAAGGCGAAGGAGAUGAGGACUUUGAACUUAUUAGGCGUUACGAGGAUUUCACCACUAUUGAUUGGAUACAAGAUUCCAUAAUCGAGCGAAACAGGCGUAUCCGAAAGGCGAGGGAGCUUCACACCGUCCGCCGCGGACCACGAAGCAAAGUCUCUUUGCAGUGGGCAUGGGUCCAACUCAAGAGGAUAUGGGAUGCUGGACAGAGCUGGCUCGUCGUCAGUUUAGUCGGAGCAUGCAUUGGCGCAAUCGCCGCACUUGUUUCCAUUAUCACGGAAUGGCUCUCAGACCUCAAGAACGGCUACUGCUAUGACGGCUGGUGGCUGAACCAACAAUUCUGCUGUUGGGAAAUUGAGUAUGAGGACGAGAGCGGCUGCGAAUCUUGGCAUCUUUGGGGUGAUACCGUUCUUACACAAUGGAUCAUAUAUGUCGUGUUCGCGGCUAUCUUUUCUUCCACCGCUGCCCACCUGGUCAAGAACAUUGCGAAGUACGCUGCGGGCUCAGGUAUCUCAGAAAUCAAAUGUAUCCUGGCGGGAUUCGUCAUGAAGGGAUUCCUUAGCUUCUCGACCCUCGUUAUCAAGAGCUUGACUCUGCCUUUAGUCAUCGCAUCUGGGCUGUCAGUCGGAAAGGAAGGUCCCUCAGUGCACCUGGCGUGCUGCGUAGGCAGCGUUGUAGCUGGUCUGUUUACUCGCUUUUCGAAAAGCCAUGGAAAGAUGAGAGAAAUCCUUACCGCGGCCAGUGCGGCUGGUGUUGCCGUAGCAUUUGGUUCGCCAAUUGGAGGCGUGCUAUUUUCUAUCGAGGAAAUGACUAGCAAUUUUAGCAUCAAGACGAUGUGGCGGAGUUUCGUCUGUGCUUUGGUCGCCACUAUCACGUUGGCCGCUAUGAACCCGUACCGUAGCGGCAAGCUUGUCUUGUUCCAAGUCACGUACGACCGCGAUUGGCACUUUUUCGAGAUCAUCUUCUUUGUCAUCUUGGGUAUCUUUGGGGGACUAUAUGGCGCCUUUAUGGUCAAAUUCAACAUGCAAUGGGCCGCUUUUCGUAAAAAGCACCUUGUCAACUAUCCAGUGGUAGAAGCGGCGACGCUUGCGACGCUCACUGGUGUUAUUGCAUAUUGGAACAGAUUUCUCAGAAUCGACAUGACUGAAGGCAUGUCCAUACUUUUCCGCGAAUGCGAAGGUGGAGGUGACUACGACCAUCUGUGCCAGACGUCUGUCCAGUGGUCCGUUGCUAGUUCAUUGUUUCUCGCGACCAUCAUUCGUGUAGCUCUAGUCGUGAUCUCGUAUGGCUCUAAAGUCCCUUGUGGUAUCUUCGUCCCCUCGAUGGCGGUUGGUGCAACCUUUGGCCGUAUGAUUGGUAUAAUCGUGAAGGCCUUGUGGAACGCGAACAAGGAAUCAGGAAUAUUUGCCGUUUGUCAGCCUGAUGUCCCAUGUAUUACUCCCGGCACAUACGCAUUCUUGGGGGCGGCUGCAGCGCUGAGUGGUGUGAUGAGAAUCACCGUGACUGUAGUUGUUAUUAUGUUCGAACUCACUGGAGCUUUAACAUAUAUCCUCCCGACUAUGAUUGUUUUGCUUGUCACAAAGGCUGUCGGCGACUUCCUCGGGACCACAGGCAUUGCUGAUGAGGCAAUACGAUUCAACGGAUACCCCUUCCUGGAUAAAGAUGAUCACGCGUAUAACAUGCCUGUGUCCCGAGUGAUGCGCACUGGCCUUCACACUCUACCUGUGACAGGGCUUACAGUCCGCGAAAUAGAGGAGACACUCAGCUCAACGGCCGUACAAGGAUAUCCCGUCGUCACGAAUGAUGGUCGUAACAUUCUCUCAGGCUAUAUUGAUAGAGCCGAGCUGCGAUAUGUGCUAGAUAAAACAAGGAAGAUACAGGGCAUUGCACCAGACACACCGUGCUCUUUCGCAUCUGCGAAUGAGGACCACGAGGAAGUGAUAUUCUCUGAUAUCGUCGCCGGCGCCGGAGUGGGUAUGGACGAGGAUAUCUCUACGGAGCUCAUAGAGACAACUGCGACGCACGAAGUGUUGAAGCUUUGGCCUUGGGUAAACCAGACGCCUCUUUCAGUCUCUCCACAUCUACCGCUAGAGGUUGUCAUGCAGCUCUUCAAGCGCAUGGGGCCUCGGGUGAUUCUUGUCGAAGACCAAGGCGUACUCUGUGGUCUUGUCACCGUCAAGGACGUCUUGAAGUAUACGCUGACGGAAACAGGUGAAAGGCGCUCGCGAUGGGACGAGACCCAAUUCGAGGGCAUUGUGGAACAAAAUUGGACUUUUAUUACUACUUGGACUCACGCGGCAAUGUCGUGGGGUCGUAGGGUAUUGCGACGGUGA